UACUUCAUAGGGCUACGCUUUUAACAUCACUGACACUGUAUAGAUUAGUACAUUUUUCCGUCGAAAAUGCCACAGUAUUGUUCUGUACCUGGUUGUACCAACUCUGGAGGACACAGAUACCCAUCUGAUUCUGAUUUACGACUGAAGUGGCGAGUGGCCGUGCGGCGAGUCGAUCCAAAGACGAAGAAACUUUGGCAACCCGGAAAAACUGACGUUGUGUGUCAGUCACACUUCACAGCAGAUGACUUCACGGUGACAUUAUUAGGAGAGAGGAGACGGUUGAAGCUGGACGCUGUCCCUUCCAUCUUCACUCACAAGACGCGGACAUCAUGUCGACCCAAGAGGAAACACCAGCAGAGGGAGACAGAAGCCAGUGAUGCCAUGGAAGAUGUUCAGAUGGAAGUGGUUGUGGACUCAUCUGAUUCUAAUGUUUCUACCAGUACCACUAAUGAUCCAUUGUGUGACAGUGACCUUUGUGGUAGUACAUUUCAGGAUGAGCAAGUUCAGUGUAACCUUUUGGGUAAAUAUAGCAUUGACAUGUAUAUAAAUAAUUCUAAGGCUGUCCAUUAUUAUACUGGUUUUCAGAACUAUGAUCAUUUCAUGUACUUUUUUCACUCACUUGGGCCAGCUGCUUAUGAGCUCAAUUAUCAAUGUGUAUCUUUGUCGCCUAAAGACCAACUGUUUUUAACUUUGAUGAAGUUGCGUCAGGCAAAGGAAGAUGUAGAAUUGAGUUUGUUUUUCAAUAUAUCAGAGUCCACAGUAUCACAAGUUGUUAUCACAUGGAUAAAUUUUUUGUAUUUUCAAUUAAAAGAAGUUAAAAUAUGGCCAUCAAGAGAGACUGUUGAUCACCAUAUGCCUCAAGAUUUUGGUAAAAAGUUUGGUACUACAAGAGUAAUAUUAGAUGCCACUGAAAACCCUAUCCAAAAACCAUCUCAUGUAGAUGCUCAGAGUGUAACAUGGUCUAGCUAUAAGCACCAUAAUACCAUUAAGACUAUGAUAGGUUGUACACCUAGAGGUGCUGUUUCCUUCAUAAGUGAUUCAUUUGGGGGCUCGUCAAGUGACCGUCAGAUAAUUGAAAAAUCUCCCUUACUAGACCCCUCGGUAGGCAUGUUUUAUAAGAAAGAUAGCAUAAUGGCAGAUAGGGGUAUAUUGGUCCAAGAUCUUUUUGCAGCUCAGGAUGUACAUGUCAAUACACCCACAACACUUAAAGGUAGAUCCCAACUUGAGCCUCAUGAGAUUGUGAAAGAUCGCAGAAUUGCAUCUAAAAGAAUUCAUGUUGAAAGAAUAAUUGGUCUCAGCAAAACUUUCAAAAUUCUGAAAGUAAAUCUUCCACCUAGCAAAGUAAUGCAUGGGUCUAGAAUUGUGUAUGUCUGCUUUGCCAUUUCAAAUUUCAGAAAUUCCAUUGUAAAUGAGUCGGCUUAGUUUGA